AUGGCAAUUCCACUCGCAUCGGUCUCUAAGAUGAAAGGCUUUCCAAAUCGUGGUGUAGCUAGAAUCGGUGCACUCGUCAAUCUUUUCUUCAUUUCCUCAAGGAUUUUAUCAUGUUUUUCAGUCCAAUCUCUUGUUGAUUCCUUUUUAGUAAGAUCAUAAAUGGGGGCCAUAAUUUCAGCAAAGCCUUUAAUAAAUCGUCGGAAGUAACUAAAUACUCCGAUCAAGGAACGUAAUUCUGCUAGAUUUUGUGGUUUCUUUAUGGUAAGUAUAGGUUUUAAAUCCUUAUCAUCCAUUCUCACUCCCUUAUCAGAAAUUAAAAAUCCUAAAUAACGAAUCUCAGCACAUCCCCAUCGGCAUUUUUCUGCUCUUAGUUUCAUCCCAACUUUACACAUAACAUUAAGGAAAGCUUUUAAAUCCUC